GCACAACUUAGAUAUUGGAUCAAUUUUAUAUAAUACACUAUGUUAGUGCUCAAGAAUAAGAGCAGCUUCCUGGAAAGCAUUUCCAGUUUACUUUUUGCACACUAUAUAAUACAUCAUAUACAACACAACUCAAACUCAAACAAACAUCUUAAACAUAUAACUAGACAAAUUCCUAUUUAGCUAUACUCUCAAUUUUUCGAUGGAUCCAUCCCACAUAUCUGCUUAUGCAAACUUCAGUUUUGAACUGAGAAUCAUUCAAGCCCGAAAUAUUGAAUCCGUCAAAUCUACGAAAAACUUAUUUGCAAGGUUAUAUCUUCCAACGGGAAACAACAAAAGAAUUCAACUAAACAGCAAAAGUGUUUCCACCAAAUCAGUGCCCUUUUGGGAUGAGUCUUUUAAUCUAGAUUGUUCUUGCCCCCAAGAAUUCUUGGAAAACCUUAAUCAACAAAGCCUGGUGUUGGAGCUAAGGCAAAGGAAGAUGUGGGGGUCACAACUUAUUGGGAAAUGUGAGAUUCCAUGGAAAGUGAUUCUUGAAUCAAAAAACAUGGAGUUAAAAAAAUGGUUGAAGAUGGAUUUGGUGAGUGGCAGUGAUUUCAAAGAGGGUAUGUUCAUAACGCCAGAAGUGGAAGUGGAGAUUAAAAUAAAAGUAGCCUCGGUUGCUGAGAUGGAGAAGCAAAAUAACAGGAGAUUGAAUAAUUGGAAUGAGUGUGGAUGCAAAAACGGCCAUGACCAUCGUGCUUGGUGCUGCGCAGAAGAGUGUGAUAUAUUUGCGUUUGGCGCUUUGGAGGCUUUUUAGUUUUGAUGCAAGAUUAUGCUACGUAUAUAGGCACUAACAUCAACUAAUUAGCUUAUCAUUAUAAUAGAUUGAUUUUUUUGACAAAAUUAUAGUGGAUUAAUUCUAAAUUGUUAGAGUUUCCUUAAUUCUCCAUGCCCACUCUAAGUUGACUUUGCAAACUCAUUAGCUUUUAAUUUUGCAUGUUGGAAUUGUAAGUAAAGUUUUAAGGUUUUUCUGAAUUAAUUUAAUGAUUACCAAAAUCAGCUUAAUAAGAAA